UGUCGCGACUCGCGAGCCAGUUCAACAGCUGUGCCAUCAGCGGAUUUUAUGACGAACUAGCUAACAUAUCUGUCCAAAAACAGUUAUUGUUUUUACUUCUUUUCAGCAGUAUGUAACCCAGGACUCUCGAUACGGGGGUAGUUUGUACUCCGCGCCUUCCCUCCUCGAGCUCUAUCGUUAUCUUGUGUCAAGCCAGACCAGAGAGGAAAAUGAAUAUGUGACCACCAGCUCAAACAGAGAGGAGAAAGCAAGACAGAGGCUUCCUAUCACUUGUUGCAGCCCAGGAGCAGGAGACCAGGUGGGACAGCCAGCAAGCUAACAAGCUGUGUCAUGAUGUCGGAGACACAGGAGACAGGAUCUCCUGGUUCAGAGGGAGACACGCCAGAGUCCACAGCAGGACACAUGUCCAGCGAUACUCAACAGGUCGAAGGUGGAGCAUCUUUGUCCUCGCCUGGGGCCUCCACUCAUCCUUCUGCCACCACAGCAACAGAGGAUGAGGAUGAGAGUGAAGAUGAGUCAGAAAUCCUGGAAGAGAGUCCCUGUGGCCGCUGGCAGAAACGCAAAGAGGAAGUGAAUCAGCGUAAUGUACCAGGAAUAGAUGCUGCGUACUUGGCCAUGGACACAGAGGAAGGGGUGGAGGUAGUAUGGAAUGAAGUCAUGAUUUCACAGAGGAAGAACUUCAAAUCGCUGCAGGAGAAAGUGAAGGCAGUAUUUGAUAACCUCGUCCAUUUGGAACAUGCGAACAUCGUCAAAUUCCAUAAGUACUGGGCCGACACGAAGGAGAACCGGGCCAGGGUGAUUUUCAUCACUGAAUAUAUGUCAUCAGGAAGCUUGAAGCAGUUUCUAAAGAAGACAAAGAAGAAUCACAAAACCAUGAAUGAAAAGGCUUGGAAGAGAUGGUGCACACAGAUCCUGUCUGCUCUCAGUUAUCUCCACUCAUGUGACCCUCCCAUCAUCCAUGGCAACCUCACCUGUGACACCAUCUUCAUCCAACACAACGGGCUCAUCAAGAUCGGAUCAGUUGCCCCAGACACCAUCAACAACAAUGUGAAGACGUGUCAUGAGGAACAGAAGAACUUGCACUUCUGUGCCCCAGAAUAUGGAGCUGUUGAUGAUGUCACCACACGUGUAGACAUCUACUCGUUUGGCAUGUGUGCCUUAGAGAUGGCGCUCUUGGAAAUCCAGGGCAAUGGAGAGUCCUCUUUCAUUUCUCAGGAGGCCAUCGACAAUGCCAUACAGUUACUGGAAGACCCACUGCAGAGGGAGUUAAUCAAGAAGUGCCUGGAGUGUGAUCCCAGUACACGGCCUACAGCCAGAGAGCUGCUGUUUAACCAAGCUCUGUUUGAAGUACCGCUGCUAAAACUGCUGGCUGCACAUUGUAUUGUCAGCCACCACCAUAUGAUUCCUGAAAAUGCCCUGGAGGAGAUUACUAAGAACUUGGACCCCAACCUGGUCAUCGCUGAGAAGAAAGAAGAUGUUCAGCUCAAGCUUUCACAGUUUCCUGCCUUGGAGCUUGAUAAAUUUCUGGAGGAUGUGAGGAACGGUAUUUAUCCUUUGACUGCGUUCGGGUUGCCCUGUGCUCAGCAGCCUCCACAGGAAACUGUAAAAACUCCCAUUGUCAUCCCCUUGGUCAAAUCCCCGACCCCCGAACCUGCAGAGCUCGAGACACGGCAGGUCAUUCAGAUGCAGUGUAACGUUGAAUCUGUUGAGGAGGGAGCAAAGUAUCAUCUAACAUUACUGCUGAAACUGGAGGAUAAACUGAAUAGACAUCUAAGCUGUGACAUGUUACCUCAUGAGAAUGUUCAAGAGUUGGCUGAAGAGUUGGUGCAGCUGGGCUUAAUCAGUGAGGUGGACCAAAACAAAAUAGCUGAUCUACUAGAGGAAUCAUUAAGCCAAGCUCUUCACCAGUGACGGUUUCCUCGACUGUUACCGUCUCAUUCUUAGUACGCUCACUCUCAACCCUGUCACGUGUUGUUUUUUUGUUACUUAACGUGGUUAUUGUAGUUACUGAUUUUUUUAAUGUAUUUUCUGCUAAGCCUUAGGUGGUAAUGUGACCAAAAGGGUGGGUUUUUCCUCUGUCAGGGAUUAACCUUCUGGAAGGCAACAAAAGCUUUAACAUGAAGCCAAUUUUAGAGUCCAGGUGACCCCACAGAAGUCAAAACAUGCAUACAAAUGUGUCUCAAUAGUCCUGACUAGAUUACAGCUUUACCUUUAAACACACUUUUUCCUCAAGCUACAGUUGUGUUGAAGUGUGAGGUGUUAACAUGUCAGGAGACGGUCUCAAACGUAAUCAAGACUGAUUCGGACCACACCUGUCGCUACUUCUAAAUUUUAAUGAUUAGAUCCACUUCUGCUGACAACCAGCUAAACUAAAGCUUCCCCAGAGAUGAAGGGAUACAUUUCUAUCCAAAGAAAGUUUUACAGUGUAAGCCAAGUCAUUCUUUCUUCCUCUUUUAUUUGGCUGCCUUUUGUUAAGCUUCAUGUGAACAUUAACAUACAAACAUCCACGGCUCUGUGACUUACCGAUCAGGUUAAAUGGAUGUAAUAGUUUGAAAACUGGAUGCGACUCUCUCAGCUGACUGUAUAAUAGACCCAUGAUGAAUAUUUUUAUAAGGCCUUUAAUACAGAAGACAAUGUCUGUGCACCACCGCAUAUCACCCUUCGGGCAGUGUAAGUACUUUGAGGUACUGUGAACUCAGUGUUACUGAAUAUUCUUUUGUGUGUUUUUAUAUUUUGCUGGACCGUUUGCUUCAUGCUGGGCCUACGCACAAGCCUUAAAGUCCUCUGUUCUCUCUUUUUAUCACUUAAUUCAUUGUUUUGCCAUUUGCUGCUUGUUAGGUUCACACAUGCUACUCUGCCUGUAAAGCUCAUCGAUAUGAGUCUUGUGUACUGAACACUGCUGCCAUAUGCUGUAGAAAGAGGACCUACCCUUUUCCUGAUUCAUCUGUUAGAGCAUCGUAUGUUUUAUUUAUGUUACAAACACUGUACGACAUGUAUUUAUUCCCCUUUUGUUUACUAUGACUUCACACACUGACCACGUCGUUGAGAGUUGGAGCCAAUGCGCAACUUUUCUUGUUUCUGUUGCUAUUGUUUUCAGCUGGGACUCAGAGGGUUGACAUCAUGCUUCCCAGAGUGCAGAUGCUUUUAAACACAAAAUGUUACAUCAUACAUGUCUUGUCUAGACUUGUAUUGACAUCAAGGAGCCGCCUGUGGUGUUUUUGUGACAUCUUGGCGAAGAACUCUUUGUUGACUUACUGUUACUACUGCGUCUGAAAGUUCAUGUAAUGACAGACCUUAAAGAUAUACUGUGCAGGAUUGGCUGUUACUGCUUGUAAACAUGUUGGCCAGUGAAAGUUAGAGUAGAAACCAACCCCAGAUUCACUCUUGGUUGGCGUUUCAUCUCGCUGUAAUUGUUUGAGUGGGGGUGGGGGGGGUUACCUGCCGCUUGCAGUCUGGCACUUUUUAUAAAGCCCCAGCCUCACCUGAGGGCGGUGGGGGUGCACGUCACCAAAGUCCCAAGCAAAGAAAAUAAGAAGAAAAUGAGAAACUACAGACAGAGGGCAGAGUCUUUGCAGAAAAAUACAUCACCACAUAAUUAUAGUGGGUCAUAAGUGAUGGUUGAAAGGGAUUACUUUUGUAUGAGUAUACCUUUUUUUUUUUUUUUUUUUUUUAGGGAAAUCACAGUGUAUCUUUAAACAGGCAGUAAGACCACAAAAAAAUAUAGCACUUGGUGUGUAUAUGGGAGAAAAAAAAGUUAAAAUAUUAUUAAAUACAAUAACCAUUUUUUCUGGCAUUUUAUUCAGAUUAUUCCACUGGGAUUAUACAUAUGUUAUAAUCACAGUACCAGUUUAACUAAAGGCUACUGUAUGAGCCUCCACUCAUGUUUUUAAGUAUUUGUAAAUGUAUUCAGGCUACGAUUGUGCUCCAGUGUGCCUUUUUGUUUUCUAUUAUUUGCAAGUGUAGACCAUCUGAAUGCAUUGAUGCAUUGUUUACUUUAUUUUCCUCUGUUUGUAUAUGUAUUUGUGAACUGCUAAGAUUGUAUAUUCCAAAGAUGUCAGCUAGAAGAAUGUAAGUGCACCGCGUCUCGGAUAGAGAAGUGGUAAAAACCAACCAAUGUGAUCACCAGAGCAGCUUUAUACUCUCUGUGUCUCUCUCUUUUCUCUCUGUAUCUUUUCCAUUAUUCCACAAUUAUUGGUGGCGUUGAAACUGGUUAUUAGAUAAUUACACAGGGUGGGCAGCUUUAGGCUGUCGCUUAAGGAUGUGAGCUUUUAGUUAUGUUUUUAUAUUCUAUUUUGUAAAUGGCAUCAGCAUAAGUAAAUGUGUGUGUCUUCUCCAGGAUGUGUAUCCUGACCCACUCUUCAAACUAUGUUCAUUCUUUCAAAUAAAUGUCUGAAAUGCUUCAUUUUGUUACUUUAAA